GGGGGUGCAAUUGAUAAGACAAUUCUGUUUGGAUCUCUGCUGGAUUGAUCAUCUCAACACUCCGGUGGUGAUGACGCUAGCAUUUUAUUCCACUUCUUGUUCCUGAGUAAGAGAGGCAGCGGCCCGGGUGUAAGGCAAAUCCGCUAGAGAGAGAGAAAAGAGAGAGAGAAAAAAGAGAGAGAGAGAGGGAGAGAGGAGGGAGAGAGGAGAGAGCGAGAGAGAGAGAGAGAGAGAGAGAGAGAGAGAGCGACUGACCGACUUCCACCGAUUGCGCUCAUCAACGGGAAGCCCUCCACCCGCCGACAGUCUCACCAACCCAGCUACGGGAGCCACUCGCGGGGGUCUCCAGGAUGUGACAGGGCAUUAGAAGUCAAGGCAAUGGGAUGAGAUUGCAGUAACUUCUGGUGGAGUUCUGAGAAGGGCAUCUCUCCACAUGGCGGACAACCAGCUCGGUCAGGAAGCGAGUGUGUCAGACCUGGAGAUCAUCUCACAACAGGUGGAGGAGGAGAGCCAGUGCAUCGCCCCAGUACAGCUGGUCAGCUUCGCCUAUCGCGACCUGCCGCUGGCCGCGCUCGACCUCUCGCUGGCCGGCUCGCAGCUGCUCUCCAACAUGGACGACGAUGAUCAGCGCGAGAGCUCGAACUGGCUGAAGCCAUGCUGUGGCAGGCGAGCAGCAGUCUGGCAGGUGGUCUUGCUGAGUGUUGGGCUUAACUGCUUCCUGGUGGCGGCUGUGAUCCUGGUCGUCCUUCUCCUCACGCUGGAGCUCCUCAUCGACACCAAGUUGCUUCAGUUUAGCAGUGCGUUCCAGUUUGCUGGAGUCAUUCACUGGAUAAGUCUCGUCAUCCUCUCUGUCUUCUUCACAGAGACUGUCUUCAGGAUUGUUGUUCUUGGCAUUUGGGAUUACAUUGAGAACAAAGUUGAGGUGUUUGACGGUGCUGUAAUCGUCCUGUCCUUGGCGCCCAUGGUGGCUUCGACAGUGGCAAAUGGACCCAGCAGCCCGUGGGACGCCAUCAGCCUGAUCAUCACCCUUCGCAUAUGGAAGGUCAAGCGCAUCAUUGACGCGUACGUUCUGCCGGUGAAGGUGGAGUUGGAGAUGGUGGUGCAGCAGUACGAGAAGGCCAAGCAGGUCCGCGAAGAGCAGCUGGAGCGGCUGACGCAGAUCUGUCAGGAGCAGGCGUUCGAGAUCAGGCAGCUGAGGGCUCACCUUGCCCAGCAGGACCUGGACUUGGCAGCCGAGAGGGAGGCCGCCAUGCAGAUGCACCACGUCUGGAACAAGCAGACCAACAAGUUUCAAGUGGUGGACGGGUCAAACACGGGGGGGUCCGAUGACGAUGGAACCGAGAGUGUCAUCGGCCCACACCAGCCACCAAAAGCAGCCACAAGUGACGACAUGAACAAUUACAUCAGCCAGUAUUACAGUGAGCCAAGCAGCGGUGAGUCGAGUGAAUCAGCCCCUCCUUGCAGCCCUCACCAACAACAGCAUCACAAAACUGUCCACGUAAAGACACAAAACCCUUCUCUGCCUGUGAGUGGGAAAGGAAUUGUCAACAUUUCAGAGCCGGCGGUCCCAGAGAGCGGAUCCCACGUCAUUACCACUGCUGCUAUCGAUGUCCACCUCCCCAGCACGCUUCACAACGCCUCGUCCGAUUUCCUGAGCGCCGAGCUGCCGGCCCAGCUCAGUUCCGUGAGUGACACCUUGGGGAGCGCCUCCAGAUCCGCAGAGAGUGGCGCCGCACCGGCCGAGAGCGCCCUGGGCUCUUCCACGGACUGCAGCACGCCCAGGGAGAGCUCCUCUGAAAGUUACCCGCUCAAAAGGCACAAAGACAAUGAGGAGCCCACGGCGCUGAGCGAGCCAAGCAGAGCAGUGCAGCAACUGCUCUCUACCUUAUCGGAGGACAGCUGCCUCACGCAGAAAGGACUGGACCCCGUCAACCUUAAGCCACCAAGUCCGCCUGUGUCCCCUGAUGCCAGCCCAGAGAUGGGACACAGAGUUAACCUCUGCAACAAAAGAAACCAAGACCAUCUCCAUGUCUACCCAACAAAGCAGGUUAUCCCAAUCCAAGGCAAUGAUCUGGCGCUGGAUGAAAAGUACAGGUUCCUGGAACCUACAGAGCCGACAGCAAACAGGCUGCCAGAGUCAUAGUUCUCACCCUGCCCGGAGCAACUUUCUGUUUACCUGGACUUAUUCUUGUCAUAAGCCAAGGAUCAGCCGUGGGGAAUUCACCCGUGACCUCAAACGGGAAAGGUCACGGCCGUCCAGGUCCCACAUCUGGAUGUGGAGGAGAAUGUCUUGCCAUCAGCACUUACUCAAGUACCGAGUCAGUGCAAAGUGUUAUGAUGAACCCAUGACUUUUUUUUAAUUAAGGACGUACAUUUUUUGUUAACUUGUAAUAUAUCACCAAGUGUUGAACAUCAUCGGAAGAGCUUUCUGGGAGGAAAUCCACAAUGGUUAGCGAGGGCGAUUUUUUUUUUAAACAGACACAGUGGCCUACCAUAUCGAUGAAUGUAUCUCCAGUGAGAUAGGUCCAGGUACGUCCGUGGACUCCAUGUGCCUGUCCAACCCACAUCUCCCGAUGGCAACCCAAGCCUAACAGCUGCUGCAGGCGAUACUCAGCGACGAGCUUCUGCAACGCCCUUACCUGUGACUUCAAAGGGAUGGGUGGUGGGGGGGAGGAUUUAACCCAUAACACCCCCAAACCAUAAUCAGUACAGGAAGUCUCACACAAGUUGUGAACAUUACUACACCAGAUUCCAACAGUUUAAGCCUAUGGUCAGAGGGAGAGUUAGAUGUUUGACAAUAGAAUUGGACGUCAGUCAGAAAGGAAAGGGGAGAUUUUGCCAAUCAGUAUUCUGGGCUUUGCAGAAUGUUCUCAUUUGUAACCUUCAAUCAGUCAUUCUUAAACGGUAUUGGGUUACGCAAAAGCAGGUGAUGUGACCGGGGCGGGGGUUUGCGAAAAACAACUGCUGUCUUUAAAAAUGAUACUGCAGACAAAAGAUAAUAUCAAAUAAAUUACUUACAGGCUUUAAGUAAUUUUUAUAAAUCCAAUUGUAAACAUAGAAGGUGACAGCAUAGUACAAGCCCUUUGGCCCACAAUGUUGUGCCGACAUUUUAACCUACUCAAUCUAGCCCUUCCCUCCCACAUUUCUCUAUCAUCCAUGUGCCUAUCUAAAAGUAUCUUAAAUGCCCCUAAUGUAUCUGCCGCUACCACCGCCUCUGGCGGUGUGUUCCACGCACCCACCACUCUCCACGUAAAGAACUUAGCUGACAUUCCCCUUGUACUUUUAUCCAGUCAACCUAAAAUCGUGCCCUUCGUAUUUCAGCCUGGGAGAAAGCAGGGGAAUAGGGCUGAGAGGGAAAAUAAAUCAGCCACGAACAAAUAGUGGAACAGACUCAAUGGGCCAAAAGGCCUAAUUCUGCUCCUUUGUCUUAUGGUCUUACAGUUUUAAAUGGUUUCUGGCUGUCCACUCAAUCUAUGUCUCUUACCAUUUUAUACACCUCUAUCAAGUCACUUCUCGUCCUCCUACACGCCAAAGAGAAAGGCCUAGCUCGCCCAACCUUUCACCAUAAGACAUGCUCUCUGAUUCAGGCAGCAUCCUGGUACUUCAGAAUACUUUAACUGCCCUUGACAUGAAAUAGAAAUCACGAGAGAAUUUUAGGCAGUUUGGAACAUUUUUUAUGAAUUAGAUGCAUCACCACACAUUCAUCAGAUACUGGCUCACAAUGGUUUUACCCCUCUGUUAACAGAAUUACCAGGAUAGAUUCAGCAGAUGGGAGAGAAUGUACUGGUAUUAUUAACACACGAGAUUCUGCAGAUGCUGGAAAUCCAGAGUAACACACACAAAAUGCUGGAGGAGCUCGGCAGGUCAGGCAGCAUCUACGGAGAGGAAUAAAGAGCCGACAUUUUGGGCUGAAACCCUUCAUCAGUAUUAUUAACGUUUGUUACUGAACAGAAUCCAGUUUUGCCUUGCAGAACUUCCUUUAUUCAUAUAGAAAUCUGCUUUUCAGUUGGACGGCCUCACUCUAGCCCUUAUCAAGCCCGCUUGCCUAAGCUGUUAAAUUCUCACCAUUUGGCUAUUAAGUCAUGGACCAGUAAGUGUUGCUCUCUCACAAAGAUCUGCCUCACCCUGCCCUCAUUUACUGCCCUGUCUAAUGAUGCAAUUCCAAUAACAAUGAACUUGACAAAUGAAAUCAGCUAGUAACCUUGGAAUAGUGUUCAAAGUUCAAAAUAAAUUUAUUAUCGAAGUAUGUCAGCAAGUACUACCCUGAGAAUCAAUGAAAAUCUUCACACAAACAACCAAUGUGCAGAAAAAGACAAACUGUGGUUAAGGUGCUGGACAAGUAACCGGACAAGUCACCUGGUGGUUCAGAGACGUUAACUACCACAGCAGCAGUGGAAUUUAAAUGUAGUUAAAUAAACCUAGAAUUUAAAACAUAAUAUUAGUAAUAAUGUCCAUUGUCAUCACUUUUCUGCCUCAUAAUAUUCCUUUUGGAAAGAGAUGGUGAAGUGACUAAUUCCCGGUUCAAUUCCAGGAACAAGAUCCAAGCCGUAUAAAAUGCUGGAGGAACUCAGCAGGUCAGGCAGCAUCGACGGAAAUGAGCAAAUAAACAGUCACAGACCUCAGGCCCACUUCAGGUCUGAGCCCAAGACAUCAACUGUCUAUUCCUUUUCAUCGAUGCUGCCUGGCCUGCUGAGUUCCUCCAGCAUUUUGUGUGUGUGACUCUGGAUUUCCAGCAUCUGCAGAAUCUCGUGUGUUCAAACUCCAAGCCAUAAUACCACUUUCACUUGCCCGUCCCUGUUAUGAGGCCAACAGUGACGACCCCGAUUUCAACAGCUUACUUCAGCUGCUCCAGUGGUCAACUUUCACCAAGAUACCCACCGUCCCAAGAAAUCACAACCUCAUUUUAGUGCGCUGAAAAUAAGCGGUUAAAUAAUUGGGAAAAGGCAUAAAUCCAAUGGAGUGAUGGUAGAAGUUGAACCAAGACUGCAUCAUCAGUGGGCUGAACUGUAUUUGCUGACACUUAUCCACCACUCAGAACCUCUAAUGGCUGUUGAGUUAUUCCGGCUUUCCCUCAAACCUGCUUUCGAGAAAUAUUGAAAGUCCUCGAUAGAGUGGACAUGCUUCCAAUAGUGGGAGAGCCUAGGCACAGCCUCAAAAUAGAAGGAUAUAGAACAGAGAUGUGGAGGAAUUUCUUUCACUAGAGGUUGGUGAACUUAUGGAAUUCAUUGCCACAGACAGCCAUGGAGGCAAAGUCAUUGGGUAUACUUAAAAAGUGUAGGCUGAUAGUUUCUUGAUUAGUAAGGGCGUCAACGAUUAUAGGGAGAAGGCAGAAGUAUGAGGUUGAAUGCAAAAAUAAAUCAGGCCUGUUGAAAUGGCAGAGCAGAUUUAAUGGCCAAAUUCUGCUCCUAUGUCCUAUGAUCAUGUGGAGAAGGCAGGAGAAUGGGGAAAUAAAUCAGCCAUGAUCGAACAGUAGAGCAGAUGUGAUGGAUGAAUGGCCUAAGCUUUAUAGUCAAAUACAAGUCAGCAUAAAGCGAAUCACAAUUCGUUGGAACUGGUGUCCUGUGGGAAGAACUCCCUACCACAGAGCGGAUCCUUUUCACACCAGAUUUCGGAUUAUAGAUUGUAGAAGGUUGUACCUUUGGAAGUGAAACAUUUGAAUCUUGUUGGGAGCCCCGUGGAAUUUAUCAGCAGGUCAGUAGUUGGGACUGAGAUGCAAGGAGGGUUGACGCCACAUCUUGCCAAGUUAACGGAACACUGCGUACUCAUGCUAGAGAGAGCGAAACAUGUACUAUCCCCCAUUCAGUGGAGCCUGCACCGGUGUAGAAGUGGGGUGAACGAGGUGUCUGGCUAUUGAGCAAUACCAGCAAUCCAUUGCUAUCCUGCAGGCGUGAGGGUUUGCUGGGGGUGGCGAGGUGGCCAGUUGUCGGCAAAGGCCACUUGUGACGUUCAAACUCUUGGAAAACGAGGGGACCGUGAAAAAUACAAACAAAGAUGAUUCUUAAAAAAAUAAAAAGCAUUGUCUCUAUUCAACAAAAGUCUAUAGUUGACAGCUGUAUCACCAGAAGUCUCUCCUAAAAUGGUAUUUCAUUUAAUGGACGGAAACAGGAAGGCCAUCUGAAUUAUGUAUAUGAUUCACAGAACACUGGGCUUACUAAUUCUCCAGGGACAACACACUGACCUAAAAAAAGGACAAAAAUACGGUGCAUUUAAAGAUGGGAGUGGUGGGGGCCAAGUACGAGGACUUAUUUCCAGCCAGACUCCCCGGUACUGAUCUGCUGCAUCGACUACCCUUGUCAGAGAACAACAUGAUUCAAGAUGCCACCUCUGUAAGAGACUAAAGGCUUUAAUUAUGGGGACGGAGAUAUGAUCUGAUAUUUGCACCCCGCAUGUAAACUAUAUGCAGUACACACAGAUUUGCAUUCGUAACUUUGAAAUGCUUCAUUUAUAAGGUCUGAAUUCUGUUUAAAAACAAAAAUUUAUAUUGCAACGAGAAACUGUGGAGAAUAUUAUGAAGUCUCUUUUAAAUAAAAACAACCGCAAGCUUUUUGAUUUAUUUAAGCGGUAUCGUUAGUCCUUCGUGCUUCCCGUUUUCUCCCAACAUGAGGCGGUAUGGUCGUGUGGCGGUUAAUGCAUCGCUUUACAGCGCUAGUG